AUGUCGCUGAAGAUUUGUCGGAUUUGCUUAAAUCCUACAGACAUGGAUGGCUAUAGUAUUUACGAGCUGGCGAGUGGAGAAUCUACGCUCUACGUGGUCCUGCAUCGACUGUAUCCCUUCGCCUUUUCAGAAGACGAUAGUGAGCAAUGGCCAAAGAAAGUUUGCAAAGACUGUAAACCCAAAAUACUAGUCGCGUACGAACUCUACCAGCUUUGCAUGGCUAGCGGUGAACGCUUGCAACGGUUACUUACGGAUAACCGCGUGGAUUCGUUCGAUGAGCAUGGACUUACGGGUUUGCAAAAGGAAAGUGGCGUAGCUGUGGAAAAAGAAUUCGUUCCUUGCGAAACGUUAGACGAUUGUGUUUCGCAAUUCCCAAUAAAGGACGAGGAACCGGCAAGGGUUGAAGACAAACUAGAUCCUGAUGCAGUGGAACAGUAUCCCUGCUUGUACUGUGAGGGAGUAUGGUUUCCCUUACAAUCUCGUCUCGAUGAUCAUUUGAAGAAGUUGCACGUGAAUCGGAUCCACUAUUGCGCGCCUUGCAGUAGAGUUUUUUCCGACAAAGACAAAUUUGAGUGCCAUCGAAAAUGUCACGCUUUGGGGCGGACUUUUUUCUGUACCAGCUGUGAAAAGGGUUUCCAAACUGCCGAAGGGCACAGGCUGCACGUGUUGUCGCACGACGAUCCUUACCUGUGUUCGGAGUGCGGGAAAAAAUUUGAAACCAAAAGCAAUUUAAAGCAACAUGUGAAACGGCACUCCAAUGUGAAACCCUUUGUCUGCAAACUGUGUCCUUCGAAAUUCCACUCUAAAGGUGAACUACAAACGCAUCAGUACACACAUUCAAAAGUUAAGCAAUUCAGUUGUGAUGUAUGCGGGGGACAGUUUACAAAAAAUUCUUCCUUGGUCAAGCACAAGCGAAUCCACACUGGUUUACGUCCAUUCAAUUGUGAUGCUUGCAGUAGAAGCUUCUACUCGGCGGAUCUUUUGAAGCGUCACAUGCUAUCGCACACAGGAGAAAAGCCUUUUAAAUGCCGAUACUGUGGACGUCAGUUCUCACAAAGCAACGAUAUGGUGAAGCAUACGCGAACACACGUUGGGGCCAACAUUUACCAGUGCGAUCGGUGUGAUGAUUCUUUCCGUUUACUUUCGGAACUACGAAAUCAUUACAUGGUACAUUACCAACAGGACAGUGAAAAGUGUACCGGCUCUACAGCAGUGAUAGACGACCGGGAAAUUCGGUUCACCAGUACCGAUAUAUUGAACCUGCGAUACUUGAAGGAAGCGUCGCAAAAGAAAUCUGACGAAUAG